GGUCUUUAUCAAAAUGCUAAGGGAUUAUGGGACGCUUGUAAAAAAGCCAGCUACAGCUUUCCAUUUACUGAUGUAAAAAAAUGGCUUGAUGGUCAGGCGAUGGAUCAAAUCUACCGCCUUUCACCGAAAAAUAUACCCUAUUCCAGCUACUCUAAAAUUACGAAACCAAAUACUGUUCACCAGUGUGAUUUGAUUGAAAUUCCGGAAUGUGAACGAUUUGCGAGAAGAAUUGUUGAUAACAUGAAUGAUAGUCCAACUCAAUUAAUUGGAAUGAGACCUAAUGACGCUAUGAAACUUGAACGG